UCAUAAAUAUUUAAAGUACUUAUAGAAAAAAAAUCAGAUUUUGGUUAUUUUUUAAGUACAUUUAAAAGCAUAAAUGUGCCUAUUUCUUAUUAAAAUAAUUUUUAUUACUUUGAAAUGCACACAAGAUAUAGAACACAAUCUCUAAUUUUUUAAUAAUUCUUUUAUUAAGAAAUUGGAAAAUAAGUGUAUAUACACCUUAAAGCGAGCAGGGAUUAACAACGAGAAACGGGAUUGAAAGAGAGAAGGGAGGUAAGCCCGGUAUAGUGGCGUGAGAUGAACAAGAAAGAAAAUUGAAGGAGAAAGAGAGAGGCAAAUCGCUGACCGUUAUGUGCCAUGUCUACGGGACUGAAGAGCUUGGUAACAUAGCCAAUACAUUAUUCCUCAAUGAGAUACCUUCAAGCUACAUGCAGGUAAUCGAGACUGCAGCAAGGUCAUGGCCAGUAUCAUUCCGCUCUUCGUCGAGUGACAUCGUUCGGAUGUUCCGAGUCCUUGCUUUAUCCGUUAUCGACGAGAUUUAUUAUUUGUAAUUCGUAUCCGUGAUUCUAAUUUAUCGGCAUUCUUUGACAAAGAAAUUUCAUUUGGAUAUUUUUUUGAUACAAAUACGUGGAAAACGGAAGAAUUUUACAUUUUUCUCGUCAAAGUUCUUCACUGAUUAUAUUUGAAUUGUGACAAGUAUUCCCGAAAUUGGCUUUGGUGUUGUUGAUAUUACCUAUAAAACGCAUUGAAAACGUACGCAAGUGGAUUGAUCUUGGUAGAAUCAGAUUCGAAAAAAGUAAGAAGAGUAAAAAGACGACACGUAAAUAUAAUGGGUAUUGAAAGCUUUUUGGCACAAAGCUUGACUUCGGCAUCCACCAGUGGAUUUUCAUUAUUUUUCCCCGUUCUCGCUGCGGCACUUGCCUACUUUCAUUAUGAAUCUCUGGAUAAUGAAGCGCCACCGAUCGACGUGCCAUCAGAUAUGCUUUUACCCUCGUAUCAUUUCAUUGUUGUCGGUGGUGGCAGUGCAGGAGCUGUAGUAGCCAGCCGUCUAUCCGAAAUUGAGGAUUGGAACGUGCUACUGCUUGAAGCAGGCGGUGACGAGACCGAGAUCUCGGAUGUACCUUUAUUUGCCGGUUAUUUGCAACUUAGCAAAUUAGACUGGCAAUACAAGACUGAGCCACAAGGCGACGCCUGCUUAGCAAUGGAGAAAGGCCGUUGCAAUUGGCCGAGAGGCAAGGUAUUAGGAGGAUCUAGUGUGCUCAACUAUAUGCUUUAUUUAAGAGGCAAUAAGCGCGAUUAUGACAUUUGGGAGCAGCAAGGUAAUCCUGGCUGGGGCUCACGUGACAUCCUGUAUUACUUCAAAAAAUCAGAGGAUAAUCAGAAUCCAUAUUUGGUUCGAACGCCAUAUCAUGCAAGCGGUGGAUUAUUGACAGUACAAGAAGCACCAUAUCAUACACCCCUAGCGGCGGCUUUUGUCCAAGGAGGACAGGAGAUGGGUUACGAAAAUCGCGAUAUCAAUGGAGAGUUUCAAACCGGUUUCAUGAUCGCACAGGGUACCAUUAGGCGCGGCAGUCGUUGCUCGAGCGCAAAGGCUUUUCUUAGGCCAGCCAGGCUCAGGAAGAAUUUGCACAUAGCGAUGCAUGCGCACGUAACAAAGGUGCUGAUACAUCCCAAGACAAAGCACACUUAUGGAGUAGAAUUUGUUAGAGGUGGCAAGGUCUUUCGUACGCGUGCGAAGAAUGAAGUGAUCGUUGCCGGUGGCGCGAUAAAUUCACCUCAGCUACUAAUGCUGUCAGGAAUCGGGCCAAAGGAACAUUUGCGAGAGCUUGGAAUCCCCGUGAUUCAAGACAGCAGGGUGGGCUUUAAUCUUCAAGAUCACGUCGGACUUGGAGGUUUAACUUUUAUGGUCAAUCAGGAAAUAUCUAUGGUAGAAAAACGAUUACAAAGUACCCAGACUGUGAUGCAGUAUGCUGCACUAGGUGACGGGCCCCUGACGGUGCUUGGAGGCGUCGAAGGUAUCGCCUUUGUCAACACUAAAUACGCAAACGCUUCACUGGACUUUCCCGACAUUGAAUUGCACUUCGUUUCCGGUUCGACUAAUUCAGAUGGUGGCACUCAAAUAAGGAAGGUGCACGGGCUAACGAAGCAAUUCUAUGACGCUGUUUUUAGGUCUAUUGAUAACAAGGAUACGUGGAGUGUGAUUCCCAUGUUACUACGACCAAAGAGUCGUGGCGUAAUCAAACUGCGCAGUAAAAAUCCGUUUGAUUACCCUCUCAUCUAUGCGAACUAUUUCAAAGAACCGGAGGACAUCGCCACGUUAGUCGAGGGAGUGAAGAUCAGUGUAGCUCUAAGCAGGACUGAUGCUUUCAGACGAUUCGGAAGCGAAUUGAAUUCACAUCAGUUUCCAGGAUGCAAACACAUAGAAAUGUACACAGAUGCUUACUGGGAAUGCAUGAUCAGAUACUAUAGUGCCACGAUUUAUCAUCCAGUAGGAACAUGUAAGAUGGGUCCUUAUUGGGAUCCCGAGGCCGUCGUCGAUCCACAACUCAAAGUCUACGGUGUGACUGGACUUCGUGUAAUUGAUGCCUCGAUUAUGCCAAAUCUUGUUAGUGGAAACACAAAUGCGCCAACAAUUAUGAUAGCCGAAAAAGGUGCAGACAUGAUCAAAGAAUAUUGGUUGAAGUGGAAGAGCAAGUCCGAAGAGUCUAGUGAACGAUAAGAUGAAUAAUCGUGCUUCUUGUAUCAUUCUCAAAUAGUGAUAAUGUUCAAUUACGCAGGAAAGCUAGUGUCGUUGACAUGAAAAGAUUUACAGAAAAAAUUAAAAUACUGACUUUACUAUUUUGUUAUACAAAGAGAGAAAUGUUUCUUUAGGCUUAAUAAAUUUUUUAAAAAGUCAAAGAAAUUUACGCAUGAUAGUUUAACCAAUGCAACUGUUUGAACUAAAAAAUAUAAUUAUUUGUGUGACUUGCCAAAUUAUAUGUGUACCUAUAAUCUUUAUAUUAAAACCAUUUUUUUAAAUAAUUAAA